AUGUCAUCCAAGACCACCGGCGGAAAGGGCGGAAAGGCAAAGACCUCCUCCGAGACUAAAGUCCUCACUACUCGCUCUUCCAAGGCCGGCCUUCAAUUCCCCGUCGGUCGUAUCCACAGGUUCCUCCGUAACAAGAACGCCAACAACAUUCGCGUCGGCGCCAAGGCUGCCGUCUAUGUCGCCGCUAUUAUGGAAUACCUCACGGCCGAGGUCCUGGAACUUGCCGGCAACGCGGCCAAGGACCUUCGCGUGAAGCGUAUCACCCCGCGUCACCUCCAGCUGGCCAUCCGUGGUGACGAAGAGCUCGACCUCCUCAUCCGGGCAACGAUUGCUGGUGGUGGUGUCCUCCCGCACAUCCACAAGUCCCUCGUCUCCAAGGUUCCUCAGCAGGCCAAGCUCGCCAAGAAGGUCUAG